ACGAUGCAUGUGAGAGGCGAAUAGCUACCCAUAAAUAUUCAGUAAACAAAAGUCAGUGAAAGCCCCAAACAUGGAGCACAUGGGAAAGAUCAUCUUCUUUGAGGACAAGAACUUCCAGGGGUGUCACUAUGAGUGUAGCAGUGACUGUCCUGAGCUAAAGACCCAUUUCAGCCGCUGCAACUCCAUCAGGGUGGAGAGUGGCUCCUGGGUGCUCUAUGAACGCCCCAACUUCACAGGCUACCAGUAUAUCCUAACCAGCGGGGAGUACCCAGACUACCAGCGCUGGAUGGGCCUCAACGACAACAUCAGGGCUUGCCGCAUAAUCCGAAAUACCUCUGACAGGUUCCGGAUGCGUAUCUAUGAGCGCCCUGACUUCAGCGGCCAGAUGAUGGAGGUUAGCGAGGAUCUGGCCAACGUGUCUGAGCGCUGGCACUACCGUGAGGUCCAUUCUGCCAAUGUCCUGGAUGGGGCUUGGGUCUUCUACGAGCUCCCCAGCUACCGUGGCCGCCAGUACCUGCUGGAAAAAGCAGAGUACCGUCACUUCACCGAGUGGGGAGCCAUGCUCCCUAAGGUUGGGUCUUUCCGCCAUAUGCAGGACUUUUAGACUGUCUCCAUCAGUAUCUGUUUUGCAUCAUUGUUGUUUGCGGAUGUAAUAAAAAAGAUUGUGCGGGAAGGAUUGAUGGUUCUCUUUGAAGUCAUUUGCAAUUAAAUUGACACCAAACUC